GGUAACAGUGAGAAUAGGCCUGUGAAUAUUAGAAUUGUAUAUAAGCAUUAUAUGAUUAUUUCAUUCAUCCGAAUCAAAAUUAUUAAAUUUCUUAAUCGAAGUCUGUUUACAUUAGAUUUACUGUUUUAAGGAUACAAAAACACAAUAUACGAACCAAAUCUUAUGAAAAAAGUUAUUGCAUUUUUUUCAGAACUGACCAUAUAAAUGCAAGUUUCAUUUUUUUUACCAGUAAAGUACGUUUUCGCAGCUCAUAUACAUGUUUAUAUGAAGUUAGACAAUCAGUCGAUAAAGUAGUGUUCGGUAAAUGUCAACAAAAUGUUUAACUGAUGUGCUGUGUUUGCUGAUUAUAAGUGUUUUCUUCUGAAUUUAAUUAUAAAAAUACGAAUCUGAGAAGAAAUUAUUACAAUACACGGAUAUGCUCUCUGGCUGGUACUGCCGUUCAAUGGCCAAUCAACAAGCCGCUCAAACUGACGAAACUGACCCAAAUGUCGAGGACGAUUCUGGUACAGACGAUGAUAGCCAGGAACAACAACAAACACAGUCAGGUCUAGAUGUGGGAGGUGGAAGUGGCAAUGGAGGAGGAAAUAGUUCUGGUACUGCGAAUGCCGUAGAUUAUAAAACGCAGUACCGUUAUCUCAAGCGAAAACUCAAAUUUUUAAUAUAUGAAAAUGAAUUCUUUCAAGAUGCAUUACGUUCCAAUCAGCGGCGUCUUUUGAAAGUCUCUCGCGACCGCUCUUUUUUAUUGGAUCGUUUGUUGCAGUAUGAGAAGCCUGAAAACACAUCAUCGGAAAGUGAUGAAACAGAGUCGUCAGAAGACGAAGCUAAAAAGCGUAAACUUGAACAUAAUACUGCCUCAAAUGGUGGUGGUGCUGCUAGUGGUGGCUCUACCCGGGGGCGUAAGAAAAAAGUGCAGCAAGUCCCGCCGACUGAAAAUACGCAGCUGCCCAAGCCUCCAACUGUCGAAAUUCAACAGACUCCGCACCUUGCGCCUCCAGAUUUGGAACAACAAAAACAAAUGCAAAUGUCUGCUGCAGAAGUCGAGCGACAUUUACAAUCGCGUCAGCACGUUAUGGACCUAGUACAAGAUCGCGCCCCUGCCACAGUACCAACAGAAAUGUUUAGUAAUGAACCGUCACUGGAUAGCGAAUCUAAUGACCACAUUAUUGACGGUUCCUCUCCCACUAAUGUUGCUGCAGAAGAAUGCGUACAAAUGGAAUAUACAAACUAAGUAUUUAUUAAUGAAUUUAAGUAUAGCUUAGAAAUGAAUUUAUUCCAUAUUAAAAUGUAUGUUUAAUACUAAAUUAUAUUUAUUGUUCCCGAUGACUUAAACUAAGUUAAUAAGAACUUGAACUUCAUUUAUGAUACUUUUUAUGAAGACUUGAACAUACCAACGGCUAAUAAUAAAUUACGACGCGUAAAAUG